CGAGGGCGCUCGGCGCGACCCGUCGCGCUGGCGGCGCAGACAGCACAGCCAGCAGCGUGGUGAGCUGGUCGUCCAACGCCCUACAAGCGCGGGGAAUGCCAUGCGCGCCGUCUGGUGUCGCGGCCACUGCAGGCUCUUCCAGCGGCGCGUCCACCCCGAUGUCCAUGCUCGCGUCCUUGUCAUUCCCGCGAAGUGAUGCCCCCACCCACGGCGGAACCGAAUCUCCGGGCCCGACUGCCUUCUUUGGCCGCUCACGCACCGUCUCGCAGUCUUCUCAAUCAAGCGGCAUCAAGCUCACCCACACGCUUCGUCCGGGUACGGGCCAGUCUGCUCGGCAUCCCUAUGCCGGCGGGUCGUUUGUGUCCGCUGGACCCUCAUCAACAUACUCGACGCGCCAUUUCUCACAGCCGACUUCAGCCGAAGCCGAGACUGAGGACUCGACAGCCGCUUUCCGUACCAAUUGGCUGCUGCAACAUGCCGCCACCGCCACUCAACUCGCCCCGUCGCAUUCCAUGACGCCUGGCUCUGGGGAGGAUUCUGAUUAUCACAUGGCGACAUCCGACGGUGGUUCCAUUGUCCGCGAAGACGCCAUUCCGGAACGCGCAGAGGAUGAAGCGACCAUGAUGGACAGUUAAGAUCCAAGGAGGGCUUCAAUUUUACGACACGGCCUGUUCCCGAGAGCAGAGACACGGGGUCAACGGCAAGCAGUCCAGUUUAAACGUUUAAGCGUUUCAACGUUUCAUCACUCGCUGCCACCCUGU